CCACACAAGUUAAACUAUCUAACAUACAAACAUUUGAUAUUAAGAUGGAGUUUUCUUGCAAGGACUUCAAGGUGGGAAAAUGUGAGGGAGAAAAAGUAGUAGAUGGUGAAACCAUGCCCUUGGUGCUACAACCUCCAGUGCCUAACAAGAGUGACUUGGAAUCCUUGCUAUUGGCUCUGAAGAACAACAAAGAAUGGUUUGAGCAAAUGAUCAUCAAGAACAGUGCUGUUCUGCUUAGAGGCUUUGAUGUCAAGAAUGCUGAGGACUUCAAUGAGAUUGUAGAAACCUUUGAGUGGGAAGACAUUCGUUAUGUUGGACCAGCACCUCGCACACAUAUUCACAAAAGGGUGUGGACUGCCAAUGAAGGACCCCUCUCAGAGUUCAUCUACUAUCACCAUGAAAUGGUUUUGAUCAAGGAAUAUCCCAAGAAAGUGAUACUCUUUUGUGAGAUACCUCCCCCUGAAGGUGGAGAGACCCCUUUUGUUCCAAGCUUCAAAGUGACAGAAAAGAUGAUGGAGGAGUUCCCAGAAGAGGUGAAGGAAAUUGAAGAGAAAGGGUUGAAGUAUACAUUUACAGCUCCUAGUGCUAAUAAUGUCUCCUCCAUGAGAGGUAGAGGGUGGGAAGAUACCUUUGGGACCUCAGAUCGCAAAGAAGCCGAGAAAAGGGCAAAAGCUCUAGGAAUGGACGUGGAGUGGCUUCCAAAUGGUGGGAUCAAGACAAUACUUGGACCACGAUGUUUAACCAAGGUAUUUGAAGGAAGGAAAGGAAGAAAAAUGUGGUUCAACACAGUAGUAGGGAUGCAUGGAAAAGAGAUUAGCUCGGCCAUAAUGGCAGAUGGAACAGAGAUUCCAGAACAUGUAGUGAAAAGGUGUGAAGAGAUCAUUGAAGAAGAGAGCAUACAGUUCAAGUGGGAGAAAGGGGAUGUUGUCUUCUUUGAUAACUAUGCUUUGCUUCAUGGCAGAAGGCCUUCACUUCCUCCAAGGAAAGUCCUUGUUGCUACAUGCAAGUGAGUGAUUUGAGAUGAUACUAUUCAAAUUAUAUAUACUAAGAGAGAAAGGGUAUUGAGGAUAUAUCUAUAAAAGCUAUUUCUGAAUAAGUGUGUCAUUUCACCAUUAUAUGACAAGGAAAAGGCAAUGUAUUGUCACUUUUAUAGAUUGCAUCAUUUAUGGAAUAAAAUUGUUCUAUGUCCGCUGAACCUACUUAUAUA